AUGUCUCUACUCAAAUCCCAAAACAUUUUAUUUCUCUUUGCAAUUGCUUUUUCAUAUAGCUUGGUUGUUGUUCCUUGUUUAGCCGAAGAUUGGAAACAAAUAUUCUUAGAGGCCCAUAACGAAGCCCGACACGAGGUUGGGGUAGACCCAUUGGUUUGGGGCGAUGAGGUCGCUGCUUUUGCCUCGAGCUAUGCGAAUAAGAGGAUCAGUGACUGUGCCAUGGUCCAUUCGAAUGGACCAUUUGGAGAGAACAUAGCGUGGAGUGGUGGAGAUAUGUCGGCUGAAGAUGCUGCAGAAAUGUGGAUCGACGAGAAAAAGUACUACGAUAACAAUAGGAACACGUGUAAUGAUCCAAAAGAUGGCACGUGUCUACAUUACACACAAGUGGUUUGGAACACCACCGUUAGAUUGGGAUGUGCUAAAGUCGCGUGUAACAGUGGUGGUACUUUUAUCACAUGUAACUAUGAUCCUCCUGGUAAUUACAUCGGUGAAAAACCAUACUAA